UACGAGAGCAGCUCGCGGUGCACUAGUCAUUACUGGAAAAUUCUAAUGAUGGAUUUCGACCAUCCUCUCUACCCUGCAUUCUUCAUCAUGCCCUUCAACCACCAAGUUAAGCCAAAGGCGCAUUUAUCUGCACCUAUGCAUCAACAGGAAGAGAGAGAGAGAACGAAAAAACGAGAGGAAGAGAAAAGUAGAUAAAUGUUAGUAGAUAUUUGUAGAGAGAGAGAGAGAGAGACGAAGACAGAAAAAGAUCGAGGGAAAGAUAUGAAAUCUGCAAUAGUGAUGUUGCCCAAUGGCUAAUGUCGUUGUCUAGCGCAUCAAUGCGCAACAAGUCGACAGGUUUUAAUGGUCGUCGUCAAGUGAAUGGCGCGACAGGAGUCGAGCGUGGCAGUCGGGAUCUACACGAACGACUCCUGAGGUCCUUGAAACCUUGCGUGGUCACCAUUGCACAUUCAGAAAAUGGGCCACAAAUAGUCGCGGUGAACGAUGAUGCCUUACAUAGCUGCGGAGAGCAACGACGCUUGCAUAGCGGAGCUGCACAUGUAGGUGAAAGUGUUCAUGGAAUGGAAGAGCACUUGCGCAAUGUCAGUAUCUCGGAAGCUGUUUCUGGCAAGCAGGACGUGGAUCGCCCGGAAGCUAACGAUCCACAUGCGGGAUCAUUGUGCAGUGCUGGUCGUCGUGUCCAUAACGAGGCAGCAGGUGAGUGAGGAAGGAGCAACCCGCGUGGCAGAUUCUUUAGCUCCUCAAAUACGUGCGCGAGCACGUAAUGAAGCUCAGCAUGCAAG